CCCCAGGGCAAGCAGGGGGCAUGCAGGGCCCUGCGGAGUGGGACCCUGUUAAGAUGAAACUCUGAAAACAAGAGGGACAGAGCCUGCUCCGUGCAUGUCCCUGCGUCCAGGCUUUCUGUGGUGAGGCAGGGAUGUAACCCCCUGCUCUGCCUCUUUAGUGCCGGCAGGAGGGACAGACAGGGGAUGCAGAGGAGGAGCUGGGCACAGGCGUCUUCAAAGCGGGAGGCCAGAGCGCAGGGCUGCGUGGGCUCUGGGCUGCGGAGGGCCACCCCCCCCUGCCCCCCAUCACCUGUCUUUCGUGCUGACUCUGGACAGCAUGUUCCCAAAGGCAGCUCUGCUUCUGGGGCUCACUGGUGGCAUUCACGUCCGGACCAUUCAAAAGGAAUUUGUAGACAUUAGUAAGGACCACGAUUAUUUUGCGGUGUCUGUGGAGUUCGCCGUGGCUUGGUUCAACAGUGGCCAUGAGGAGGGGCAUGCCUACAAGCUGCUGGAGGUCAGGUGAGCCCAGCAAAAGAACUGGACAAUGAUAUAUUUAAUGGACCUGGAGCUGGGCCGCACAAUUUGUAAAAAAUACGACGAAGACAUUGACAACUGCCCCUUGCAGGAAGGCCCAGAAGAGAAAAAGGUGAGCUGCACUUUCAUUGUGGACUCACGGCCAUGGUUUACCCAGUUCACCCUCCUGAACAGCACCUGCCACCAGCAGAAAUGGGGCGAGGAGUUCCCGGCUCCCACAGCAGCUCCUUUUCUCGUGAAGAAUGAGGGUCUGGAGUCCUAGGUCUGCGUGGCACCAGAGCAAUUAAAGGC